GAUUCUUGUUAGCUGAAUGGAUUCCACCUCCUGCACCUGAUACAAUUGUCUGGGCAGCUUCUUAAAACCAUCUUUAUUGUGAUUCAGGCCCAGAGGCUGUUGGGCCGAAGGAGGCCCCACCGGUCGUUCUUUGAGUCCUUCAUCCGGACCCUCAUCAUCACAUGCACCGCCUUGGCUGUGGUCCUCUCCUCGGUCUCCAUCUGUGAUGGAUACUGGCUGCUGGCUGAGGACCGCCUCUAUGGGCUGUGGCAUUUCUGCACCACCACCAACCAGAGUGGGCCGCACUGCCUCAGAGACCUGAGCCAGGCCCCCGUGCCGGGGCUGGCCAUGGGCGUGGGCCUGGCCCGCAGCGUGGGUGCCUUGGCUGUGGUGGCCGCCAUUUUUGGCCUGGAGCUCCUCAUGGUGUCCCAGGUGUGUGAGGAUGCCCACUCACGGCGCAAGUGGGCCAUGGGCUCCAUCCUCCUCCUGGUCUCUUUCAUGCUGUCCUUCGGGGGACUCCUGGGUUUUGUGAUCCUCCUCAGGAACCAGGUCACACUCAUUGGCUUCACCCUGACGUUCUGGUGCGAAUUCACCGCCUCCUUCCUCUUCUUCCUGAACGCCAUCAGUGGUCUUCACAUCAACAGCAUCACCCACCCCUGGGACCAACCAAGAAAAUUUUAGGGCUCCUACGGGGACAUGGGGCUCUACAAGAAAGAGUGGGACUUUUUCAACUUGGGGCCUCUGGUGGGGAUGGGUGGGAUAGUGACCUUGAAACUGCUGCCUCAUAGCCACUCAGCUUUGAGUGGUCAGCCAUAAAUGGCCCAGGGGCCUCUACAGCUGGUCUGCAGGGCCGGAGGCCAGGAGGGUGCCUCAGUGCUACCAGCUGCACAGGUUUAGCCAAGUUAUUAGGGUUCUGGUUUUAGAAGAAGAAAAACAUUUUAAAAUUC